UCACUGAGGACACCGACUCUGAAACGGAAGUGUUUGAGGGCUUUGCUUCAAACGAGGUGCAUGUGAACAAGAAAGAAGUUCUGAUGGUGGAGUCAGACUUGAGUGAUGAAGAACGUGAUAAUUUAUUGGGUAAUGAGAAGGAAGAGGAGGAAGAAGAGAAGAAGUUCUCCCCCAAGAGAAGAAGCUUUGGCCUUCGUGUUGCUUUACAGUUUCCCACCAGAAAGUCAUCUGAGAAAAAAGUGCCUGAACAGGCUUUGUCUGACUUACCUCUAAAGGACAGUGAAUCUCUCACACCUCUUUCAAAAGAAAUAAGCCUCAAGCGGUCAGACAAAGUAGAGGGCUCUGCUUCAGAGUCUGAAGAAGACAUUAAGGAAACACAGGAGGAAAGUUCCAGUGCACUGCUUAAGAGAGCCAUAAAUAUAAAAGAAAAUAAAGCCAUGCUUGCCCAGCUGCUGGCAGAACUGAAUUCCAUACCGGACCUGUUCCCAGUGAAAACACCUGCCUCGACUCCUUCAAAACAGAAGAAAACCCCAAGGAGGACUUUUUCUGAAGGCCAGAUAACACGUCGAAUGAACCCAACCAGAAAUGCUCGUCCACCAGAAAAAUUUGCCUUGGAAAAAUUCACUGUGUCGGCUGUCAAAUUUGCAGAACACAUCCGUAGCUAUAGGCAACAAAACCUCUUGAAGAGACUCAGUGUGGGGGAUUGUGGAGUACGCAAAAGACGGAGAUCAUCAAAGUAUUCAUCUGAUCGUCCAGUAGAAGAUAUAACUGAGGAGGACUUGGACAACAUUGCAAUCGCUGUUAGAGACAAAAUCUAUGAUAAAGUUCUAGGUAGUACUUGCCACCAGUGUCGACAAAAGACAACUGACACAAAGACAAUUUGUCGCAACCAGGGCUGUGGAGGAGUAAGGGGGCAGUUCUGUGGACCAUGUCUUCGAAAUCGAUAUGGUGAAGAUGUGAAGUCUGCUCUGCUUGAUCCAGCCUGGAUCUGUCCUCCUUGUCGCGGGGUGUGCAACUGCAGCUAUUGCCGCCGGCGGGAUGGGCGCUGUGCCACCGGCAUGCUCAUCCACCUGGCCAAGUUCUACGGCUACAACAAUGUCAAGGAGUACCUGGAAAGUUUACAAAAACAACUGGCGGAGGACAAUUGACAACACUGAACUCAAGCUGUGCCUGCAACUGGUUAAUAUGUUAACAAUUUUGACUUCAAAAGUUUAUUACUAUGUUUUAUAUAAAAUAGAAUUGUAGUGUAUAGCAUAUUAAUUUCUGUAUUGGGAACUUUUUGAUUGAUAUGGUCUUAUGCAAAGGAUCUCUCAGGAAAAUGUUUUGGUAGAGAAAUCUACGUGCACAGACCUAUAUGUUAAAUGAAACGGCACUCUUGAACCUUGAGUGGUUAAUUUUUAACAGAGCUACACAACCACAUGAUGGAGAGCUUGGUCAAUUUGAGCAAUAUUUUUAUUUAUGUAAUUGUGCAAGUUUGCAGAACGGGUGUUUAACAACUACCUUCAAGGCAUCCCCGUCUUCAAAGAAACAAAACACCUUUGUCUACCAACUCGACCAUAAAGAUCCAUUUUUCCAGCUUUGCUUUCUGGACCUGUUCAACCACCUGUAGUUUAUAGAACUUGUUCUUGCAAGGAAGGAAAGGGUACUUUCAUCGAAUGCCAUUGUAUUCCAGCCAAAGCUGAUGCAAUCAAUCAGUGGGAGAAUGAUUUUUAAAAAUUUUAUUCCAAAGUGCAAUUAUUCACUGAAACAUGGAAGUAGAAGAGUGUUAAAAAAAAAAUUAAAAAAUCAUCCCAGUAAAAAAAGCCAACAAAACCUCUCACCAGCAGUUUUUGUGUAGUGCACCUGCUGCCUGAAGCAUCUACCCAGCAGUUGUAACUGGUCUAAAUCAGAGUUCAGGAUUACUUUUUUUUAGUUACAGUUCAUACUUAGAUAUUUUUUCAUUUGUACAACCAGACAUUCAAACAACUUUGUUUAAAUGCAAAAUAUUUGUAUUGCAUGUUAAAGUAUGUUAAAAUUCUUGUAAGAUAAACAUUUCAUUUUAUGUAGAGAGAAUAAAGACUGAUCUAAAGAGGA